UGAGGAUCUUAACCUCGUGGUUUGCCGUAGAAAUUUCAAGGUAAUAUCAAAGGCGCUUGCUUGCUAAUAGUUGAAUUUAGCAAGAAAUAAAAUGAGCGGAAAGAAAGCUGAGGGACGACCGAGUAGUGUCGUGGGAUGGAUCAACACCGCUUGUCGUUUUGCGACGGACAGAAAUGAUUUUAGAAGGAAUCUCCUCGUAAACCUAGGUUUAUUUGCAGCGGGUGUUUGGAUCGCAAGAAACCUUUCAGAUUUUGACUUGAUGUCCCCACAGCCAAUCACGUAACUGCAGAUAAACGAUUACAAUUUCACAGGUGAUGCCGAAACUGAAGAACAGAGACAUUUUGCGCAGCAGGUCUUGUUGAACAAGCCCAUUUAGAAAUACAAAUUAUUGACCACAGUUGUAAAUCUUUUCUGUACACUAGUUGUUGAAAUAAAGCCCACAAACCUGGAACAUU